AUGACGGGCCCUGUUGGUUCCGGCAAGGUCCUCUCACCCGCCAGCCUCGCCCACGUCGUCCUGAGAACACCCAACUUCAAGCCCAUGGUGGCUUUCCACAAGGCCUUUCUGGGUGCGCAUGCGUCGCAUGAGACUGAAACUCUGGCAUUUCUCACCUACGACGAGGAGCACCACCGUGUCGCCAUCAUCGCUUUCACAGGUUGCGGGGAGAAGGUGCGCAACACGGCGGGUCUCGAGCAUAUCGCCUUCACCUUCAAAAACCUGCUCGACCUCACAACAGCCUACUCGCAGCGGAAAGCGCGUGGCAUGCUGCCCGUGUGGAACGUCAACCACGGUCCCACCACCAGUAUCUACUAUCAGGACCCCGAUGGAAAUAUGCUGGAGACGCAGGUGGACAAUUUUGACACAGCCGAGGGAGCGAAUGAUUACAUGAGUGGCGGUGCCUUCGCCGAGAAUCCAUUCGGUGUCGACUUCGACCCGGAGGAUAUGAUCAGGAGACUCCAGAGCGGCGAGCCCGAGGUGGAACUGAAGAAGCGCCCCAACAUCGGCCCUCGUGGGAUCGAGACUUUUCCGGUGCUACCAAAGCCCGAUGUCAGAGACAGCUAUGAGCUGAUGGGCGUAUCUACAUGA